AUGGCGCCCGAUAGACCAGCCUGGAUAGUCAAAGAUCUUGCAGAGCUGCUAGGAUUUGACCAAGACUCGAUUUCUCAGCUCGUCAUCCCCGACUUGGAGACCUACACAUCCGAAGCGAAGCUCAAGGCCCAUCUUCAAGACUUCCUCGGUCCCGGCCCCCAAACCAAAGCCUUCAUCUCCAAAUACCUCUCCCACCAAUUCCCUCGCCUCCCCACUGUCGAAGCGCCCACGGUCCCUGCUGGUCCGGUCAAGCCACUCUUCUCCCAACCUGCCAGGCCAUACAGCAGCAGCGCCGCCUCCGCAUCUGGCUCGGUGUCCGCCGCAUCUGGUCGUUCCGGCCCAGGACCCUCAUCCUCGUCCGGCGGAGGACUUGGCUUCAAUCGUCAGCCGCCUCCACACGCUAUCCCCGAUGCGCUCGAAGCGGCCUUCGGGAGCGGCGGUGGAAAGGUGUACCAGAAGAACCGGGAUGCGGACCAAUCGUCGUUUGGCGGAUCGGUACGGCACGGGAGUACAGGUACUGGCGUUGUCGGUGGAGGGAGCGGAUCUACCACGCCCAGAAGCCAACAGCCUAUGCGUCAUGCUGGAGCAGUGACGAUUCUCGAUGCGCGCGCGAGUGGAGCCAGCGCGAGUCAGAAGGGCAAGCAGAGGGCGGUGGAGAAGGAGAAGAUAUGGGACGCGCCCAAGUCGGGCGCGGUUAAGAAGCUGGAAAAGAUCUUGGAGGAUCUGAGGGUUAUGCAGAGGAGUGAGGGGAAGGUGAAGCGGGUAGAUGAGGGGAAGGAGUGUUUCUGUCAGGCCCGCCUACACCCCCUCUCAGCCUACACACCCCAAUGCGCAGCUUGCGGUCUCAUCCAAUGCCACACCCAACCUCCCGACCGCGCCUGCCCAUCCUGCCUCCGACCACUCAUCACCCCCUCGGCCCUCGCGCGGCUUCUCCAGCGCGUCCAAACCGAAAUCGAGGAUACACUCGCCGCGGAGCAGUACGCGCGGGAGGAGAUCAAGCGGGCGGACCAGCGGAAGGCCGAAGUGGCAGCUUCAUUCCCUUAUCUCGCCGGUACGGCAGGCGCCCCACCUGCUUCCACUGCAGCGUCCUCAGAGGCGGGUCAUAAGGUGUUGACGAUCGGAAAAGGAAAAGGACGGAUCACAUUGACGACAACAACGACGUAUCCUGUCGUCCCGGCAGCUCCGGCCGAGCCAGAACGGUAUUCGGAGGCGGUGAUUGCAAGGCCGAGGUCCCCGCCGUUGGAGGCGGCAAGGGUCGAGAAGGAGCUGGCGAAGACUCUGAAAUGGCGGGAGGCGGAGGAUAGGCCCUGGGGUGAUUUGAAGGCCGCCAAGAAAGGUACAGGCUGGGCGUAUGUCGAGCAGCAGAUCGUGGAGGUGAUAGAGGAGGACAGGGUCGGCAGGCGGAAGGGUAGGAAAGGAAAGGGAACGGCGGGCGUGGAUGGACGAGUCGUUCCUGGGGCAUCUGGGAUUCCUGCUUAG